AUGAAAGACUAUUUCAUCCGUGCCCAAGAACCACAAUACUAUGACCGAAUGAUGCUGGUGGCUGAAAAGAGUUUCGCUGAAAUCAUCAAACUAGGCGAAAGAAUUGAAGAAGGCAUAAAGAAUGUGACUAUCAUCAACUUGGAGGCUUUACAAGCAACCAACAAGGCUCUGCAAUCUGGUGGAAUGACAGAGAGUCGAAAGAAAACAGGUUCCGCUGGGUACGUCUCUCCGAUUCCUGCAUUACCUGUGGAUGUUCGCGCGAAAUGGUACGACCCUAACAAGGUCUGCGCCUACCAUUCUGGGAUGAAGAGCCACACCACCGAAGUUUGCAAAGCCCUUAAGGAUAAGGUUCAAAUGUUGAUCGAUACAAAAACCAUCCAACUGAAGGAUCCUACACCGAAUGUUGCGAAUAAUCCUCUCCCUAACCAUCAAGUCAACAUGGUGGAAGCUGGUGAUGUCUGGGAUUGGGAAGAAUCUAUCUGGGCCGUCGAAACAGAAGAAGCCAUGUCUACCACUGCCCAAGCACCACUAAUAGUGCAAGGACUCGCCCCAUUUGAAGUAGAAGUUGCUGCACCCAGACCACCGUUCUCUGUCUAUAAGGCAUCCUCCCCAAUACAAUGUGACACACAUGCUGUACCUUGGGAUUGCAACAAAAGAGAAAUAAAUGUGGAAGAGACAGAUGUUGGAACAUGGGUCACCAGAUCUGGAAGAAUUUACACUUCUGAAAAUUUGGUUCAGGGAAGCUCUAGCAAAUCCAAAGCACCAGUCGUAGAGCUUGAGGAUCAAAGUAUUUGGAAAAAGGUUAAAGCUAAAGAAUACUCUAUCACUGAGCAGCUGAGUAAAACCCCUUCCCAAAUAUCAAUUCUGGAGUUACCAACCUCCGAAACUCAUCGAGAUGCCCUUCUGAAGAUCCUUGGUGAAGCUUAUGUCCCAUCUAACAUCACUCAUGGAGAGGUAUCCCAAAUGGUGGGGCAGGUCUUUGAGGCUUACAAAAUAUCUUUUCACAAAGAUGAGCUGCCAAUCGAAGGAACAACUCACAAUAAAGCUUUGUACAUUUCGGUUCAGUAUCAGGAUAAGGUGAUAAACAAAGCAUUAGUUGAUGCAGGUUCAGGUUUAAACAUUUGCCCUCUGAGCACACUGACGAGGCUGGGUGUGGAUAGUGCAAAAAUUCAGACAUGGAAGAUGAAUGUGAGGGCAUUUGAUGGCUCUCAGAGAGGCACUAUUGGGGAGAUAACCUUGGACAUGCUCAUUGGUCCUGUCACUUUCCCCAUAGCUUUCCAAAUUUUGGACAUCCCUUCAUCGUACAACUUAUUGUUGGGUCGUCCAUGGAUUCAUAUGGCUGGAGCGGUUCCAUCUACUCUUCACCAAUGCCUGAAGUUUGAAUGGGAUUACGAAGAGGUUGUGGUCCAUGGGGAAAAGGGGCAUCCUGUAUACACGAUUGAAGGAAGAGAGAAUAUGGAUGGCGAAAUGUACCAUACAGUGGAGCUUGUUGGUAAUAUUGAGUUGCAACCUUGGUUCAGCCAAAAGAUCAUAGAUAUGAUGGCAUGGUUCGGUUUCGAGCUUGGGAAAGGUUUGGGGGCUGAAUUACAAGGGAUAGUCGAACCUAUACAGCCUGUUCGACAUUCCACCACUUUUGGUUUGGGGUAUAAGUACACCACCGAAGAAUGGCUCGAUUGGCGACCACCUAGAGAUGGGUACUACUAUCCAUUGAAGAAACCCAUACCGCCAUUGUAUCAAUCAUUUCGAUCAGCAGGUUUCAUGGGAGGCAGUAUUGAUGAGAUCUUAGACGACUUGAAGGGGUUAUCGCUAACCAAAGAAGAGGGGAAAGUUUGCAACGUCGUGAUCAACGAGGAGGAGAAAGGGGGCCCUAAUGGAAGCAAGGAGGCAAAGAUCAGCGUCAGCAACUGGACCUCGACUCCAUCCAGACCUCGUCGAGCAUCUGGCAAAAUUCAUUAUAAAAAUGUCGAAUCUGAGACUAUGGCAUACAAUGAGACUGCUCAACUUAACAUUAAUGACUUAGAAGAAGUCGAAGACAAUGAGGUUCCCGAGGAGUUAAUCAAAAGGGUUGAGGAGUUCGAGGAAAAACCCAAUCCAAAUUUGGUAGAGACAGAAGUGGUGAAUUUGGGAAAUGCAGAGGUGAUACAAGAAACCCGGGUAAGCAUCCACAUGACAAAAGAAGACAAGAAAGAGUACACCGAGUUUCUCAUAGAGAAUAAGGAUAUUUUCGCGUGGUCCUACGCAGACAUGACAGGGCUAAGUACUUCAAUCGUAGCCCAUCGACUGCCCACUGAUCCAGCAUGUCCUCCGGUAAAACAGAAGCUGAGAAAAUACAAGCCCGAGAUGAGUUUGAAAAUCAAAGAAGAAGUAUCAAAGCAAUUAGAUGCUGGGAUACUCCAAGUGACAGAAUACCCAACUUGGCUUGCAAAUGUCGUUCCAGUGCCCAAGAAAGACGGCAAGGUCAGAGUUUGCGUGGAUUAUCGAGAUCUCAAUAAAGCUAGCCCUAAAGAUAACUUUCCAUUACCAAACAUACACAUACUGAUUGACAAUUGUGCUAAGCACGAAACUCAGUCAUUUGUGGAUUGCUUUGCCGGCUAUCAUCAAAUUGAGAUGCACAAAGACGACGCUGAGAAAACUGCCUUCAUCACGCCGUGGGGCGUCUAUAACUACAAGGUAAUGCCUUUUGGAUUAAAGAACGCUGGGGCUACGUACAUGAGAGCGAUGACUACUUUGUUUCAUGACAUGAUCCAUAAGGAAAUUGAAGUUUAUGUGGAUGAUGUCAUCAUCAAAUCAAAGGAAAGUUUAAAUCAUUUGGAGGAUUUACGGAAAUUCUUCGCCAGGCUACGCAAGUACAAUCUGAAACUGAAUCCGGCAAAAUGUGUCUUUGGUGUGCCCGCUGGAAAGCUUUUAGGUUUCAUUGUCAGUCGUCGAGGUAUAGAAUUGGACCCGUCGAAGAUCAAAGCCAUUCGUGAUCUUCCCCCACCAAAGAGCAAGAAGGAGGUAAUGAGUUUCUUAGGGCGACUUAACUACAUCAGUCGUUUCAUUGCUCAGUCUACUGUCAUCUGUGAACCUAUCUUCAAGCUGUUAAAAAAGGAUGCUGCGGUGAAAUGGACAAGUGAAUGUCAACAGGCAUUUGACAAGAUCAAAGACUAUCUAUCCAAUCCUCCUGUAUUGGUUCCACCAGAGUCAGGUAGACCAUUACUUUUGUAUAUUUCAGUAUUGGAUAAUGCUUUCAGUUGCAUCUUGGGACAACACGAUGAAACAGGGAGGAAGGAGCAAGCAAUAUAUUAUAUGAGCAAGAAGUUCACAUCGUGCGAAGCCCGAUACUCUCUAUUAGAGCGUACCUGUUGUGCUCUAACAUGGGUUGCCCAAAAGUUACGACAUUACCUCUCAUCGCAUACUACUUAUCUGAUUUCAAGGAUGGAUCCUUUGAAGUAUAUCUUUCAAAAGCCCAUGCCCACAGGUAAACUGGCAAAAUGGCAGAUAUUGUUGAGCGAGUUUGACAUAGUGUAUGUCACGCAAAAAGCAGUGAAAGCACAGGCAUUAGCAGACCACAUGGCAGAGAAUCCCGUGGACGAUGAUUACAGACCGCUGAAGACCUACUUCCCAGAUGAAGAGGUGGCUUUUGUGGGAGAGGACAUUUCUGAAGAAUAUGAUGGAUGGAGAAUGUUCUUUGAUGGAGCUAAAAAUCUGAAUGGAUGCGGCAUCGGGGCUGUUUUGAUCUCACCCACCGGGCAACAUUAUCCAGUAUCAGCAAAACUCAGAUUCCUUUGCUCAAAUAAUAUGGCCGAAUACGAAGCCUGCAUACUAGGUCUCCGACGGGCGAUCGACUUGGAUGUCCAGGAAAUGCUAAUAAUAGGGGAUUCAGACCUAUUGAUCCAUCAGGUUCGAGGUGAUUGGGUAACAAAAAAUCGAAAGUUGUUACCAUAUUUGGAGUGCGUGCACAGGCUAUGUAAAAGGUUUGUCAGAACAGAAUUUAGACAUGUACCAAGGGUCCAAAAUGAAUUUGCAGACGCCUUAGCCACUUUGUCUUCUAUGAUUCGACACCCUGAUCACAAUUACAUCGAUCCUAUUCACAUUCAUAUACAUGAACAACCAGCUUAUUGUUUCCAUGUUGAGGAAGAGCCUGAUGGAAAGCCCUGGUACGAUGACAUUAGAGGAUAUUUGAAGAGUGGUGAAUACACAGAAGAUGCAACACGUGUACAAAAGCGUACAAUUCGAAGGUUAGCAACCCAAUUCUUUUUAAGUGGGGAAAUCCUCUAUAGGAGAACUCCCGAUUUGGGGCUGCUAAGAUGCGUCGAAGCAAGAGAGGCUCGUAGGCUGGUCGAAGAGAUACAUGCAGGCACCUGUGGCCCUCACAUGAACGGUUUUAAAUUAGCAAAGAAGAUUCUGAGAUCAGGAUAUUAUUGGCUAACUAUGGAGACAGACUGCAUUCGCUACGUCCAGAAAUGUCAUCAAUGUCAGACUCACGCAGAUAUGAUUCGAGUACCUCCCAACGAACUCCAUGUCACUAGUUCACCUUGGCCGUUCGCAGCAUGGGGCAUGGAUGUCAUUGGUCCAAUCGAGCCAACAGCAUCCAACGGGCACAGAUUCAUUCUUGUCGCAAUUGACUAUUUCACCAAGUGGGUUGAGGCCACCUCCCAUAAAUCAGUGACAAAGAAAGUUGUGGAUGACUUUGUCAAAAACAACAUUAUUUGUAGGUUUGGAAUUCCUGAGUCAAUCAUCACUGACAACGACACCAACCUAAACAGUGACCUGAUGAGAUCAAUGUGUGAGAAGUUCAAGAUCAGUCAUCGAAACUCUACAGCAUACAGGCCACAGAUGAAUGGGGCUGUUGAGGCAGCAAACAAAAACAUCAAAAGGAUAUUGCCCAAGAUGAUCGAUAAUCACAAACACUGGCAGGAAAAGCUACCUUUCGUAUUGCUGGGGUAUCGUACCACAUUCAGAACUUCCACAGGGGCCACACCUUACUUCUUAGUAUACGGCACUGAAGCUGUGAUACCCGCUGAAGUAGAGAUACCUUCCCUAAGGAUCAUCCAAGAAGCAAAGUUGAGUGAUGCUGACUGGAUACAAGGUCGGGCAGAGAAUUUGGCAUUAAUAGAUGGAAGAAGAAUUAACGCCAUUUGUCAUGGUCAGCUCUAUCAGAAUAGAAUGGCCAGAGCUUUUCAACAAGAAGGUUAA